CACCCCCUUAAGCUUUUUGGUUUCGUGUUUUCGCCUCGAAUUUAAGUAAACCCUUUGAAGGUUUUCUUGUUGUUGCCUCAAAAAUCUCCCCUUUAUUAUAUAAAUUCUGAAUUUUUCUUAUAAAUUUCUUUGCUUGAAAGUUGAAACCGAUCCCUUUUCCUCUUGAGCGAUCAAUCAAUCAAUAUAGAAACCCUAAUUUCUUGAAGCUUUUCCCUUGUUGUUUCCGUGUUGGGUAUUUUUUUUUUCUUUCUGAAAGCUAUUUUCGACAAUUUUUUACUUUAAUACAUACGUUUUCGCCUUUUCUUUUCCUUUUUCUCUCAUUUAGAAACCCUAAUUCACAGUGAAUAUAUAAUCAGGUGUUAAAUUUUGCAAUGGCGAAAAGUUCCUUCAAGCUUGAACAUCCUUUGGAAAGGAGACAGGCUGAAGCUGGUCGAAUCAGGGAAAAGUAUCCCGACAGAAUUCCCGUCAUCGUCGAGAAAGCCGAACGAAGUGACAUUCCCGAUAUUGAUAAAAAGAAGUAUCUCGUUCCUGCUGAUUUGACUGUGGGGCAAUUCGUUUAUGUUGUUCGUAAAAGGAUUAAGCUUAGUGCUGAGAAAGCUAUAUUUGUCUUUGUGAAGAACACUCUCCCACCUACUGCCGCCUUGAUGUCCGCAAUUUACGAGGAAAACAGGGAUGAAGACGGCUUUCUUUACAUGACUUACAGUGGAGAGAACACAUUUGGUUCCCCUUUACUUUUAGCAUGAUUCAAUGCAAUGGAAAAGCUUAUGUAUAUAUAGCUCAAAGAAAAGGUGUAAAUUCUAUAUGGUGUUUACUUGUGUAAAUGCUUUGCCCUUUACGAUGACAGUUCUUUUUAACUGUCUGAACUUGGAACCUUGUUUUUCUGUAAAUUUAAUGUCUGAAACUAACUUUAUCACUGA